ACAUGAUGCAAAGGAACUCUAACAACACCAGCAUCACCAGUAACAUCUCCAAUAACUCAUCGUCGCAUCAAGCUUGUGCUUCAUGCAAACAUCAAAGGAAGAAAUGCAACAACGAAUGUAUCUUAUCGCCGUAUUUCCCAGCCCGCAAGACUAAAGAGUUUCAGGCCGUGCACAAGGUCUUCGGUGUCAGUAACGUACAAAAAAUGGUACGGACGGUACGUGAAGAGGACCGUACCAAGCUCUCUGAUUCUUUAACAUGGGAAGCUCUAUGGAGACAGAAAGAUCCGGUCCUUGGCUCCUAUGGAGAGUAUAGGAGGAUUUGUGAAGAGCUCAAGUUAUACAAAAGCUUGGUUCAUAACCAGCCUCUCAUUGGUUGGGAUAAUAAUCAACGCGUAUUUAACAAUAAUAGUAACAACAAGAACGGAUUAGCGAUGACGAAUUCGAGUGGAUCAGGAGGGUUUAGUGUUAACAACAAUGGUGUUGGUGUGAAUCGGGAGAUUGUCAACGGUGGAUAUGCAUCAAGGAAUGUGCAAGGUGGUUGGGAAAAUCUAAAGCACGAUCAAAGGCAACAAUGUUAUGCAGUGAUUAAUAAUGGUUUCAAACAACACUAUCUCCCACUCUAAGUAACUAUAAUGUUUGACGG